GUAUACUCUGUGCAAAAUGUGUUGUAUUGCUUUAUUAUUUCUAUUGGGUCUUUUCUCGCAUAUAUCGCUGGCUAAAAGUUUGAUGGAAACAGAUCCUGGCUGCACCGACGUCUGCCUAAAAUCCUUAAAAUCAGUCUUGGAUCAGCAGCUUAUGAUGCAACUGCAGAUGAAAAACAUUGAAAAUAAUUUAAGGACCCAACAGAAUUGGGUUGAAAAUCUAAUGAAUCAUGAAGACAAACUGGAGGACAGACAAAAACUAGAGGCAAUCGAAUCCAGACUAAAAAUAAAUGAGGAUAUCUCAUCGACGCAAUUGGAAAGAUUGGACAGUGUAGAACAUAAAUUACUUGAACGUCAAAGAAUGGAUGAUUCGGGACAGAAAGGGCUGUUGGAAAUGAUCGAAAAAGAAAAACAACACUUGUCAGACCAGCAGGAAAAAAACGAUUCCGAAAUAGGCAGAUGUAGCGAAAGACUGAGUGGACUAGAGAAACAGAUCAUAGAGCAGCACGAGAGGGCUGCUUUGUGCGAAAGCUCAUCUACCGAGAGACUUGAAAAAUUAGAAGACAAACAGCGACAGCUGGCUUUGGGUGCACAGCAGAUGCUUGAGAGACUGGGCCAAAUAGAAAAGCAGAUCGCAGUCGAACAUGCGAAGGGGCAACUCGAAAGGCUAGAGCAAGAGUUGACGCGACGAGGCAAAAACGCUUCUUAUUUAGACAAAUAUCGGGAUAGACUAACUGUAAUGGAGAAAGAGUUCUUAGGGCAAGCAGCAACGGGUUCUUCUAACGAAACCUCAGUUACGAAGAAGUUCGACAACUUAGAACAACAAUUGUCUGUCCAGCAAUCGAAACAUAUAUCUGAAGACGCCGCGACAAGGGAGAGAAUAGACAAAUUAGAGAAAGACUUUACAUACAAACAGCAAAAGAUCGAGUCGGAGGCAAGUAUGUCGGCAAAGGUGCUGAACGGGGUAAAGAAUCAAUUAACAGACCAUCAAACGAUGCUUGAAAAUGAGGCAAAGAAACUGUCGGACUCACAGAUAAAACUGUCCAAGCUCCAGGAUCAAUUGACGAAUCAACAGAAAAAAGUUUCUAACCACGAGACAGCCAUUAAGGAGUCGGAGUCCAAACUAAAAACACUGUGGAAGAACAGAUUCGUCACGGUUCAGAAAAAUGGCUAUGAAGGCAGUAAGCUGAUAGAUGUGGUAAACGGGCUCAAAAAUCAGUUUGCAGGCCAUCAAACGAAACUUGAAAAUGAUGACAAAAAACUGUUGGACUCACAGGCAAAACUGUCCAAGCUCCAGGAUCAAUUUAAGAAUCAACAGAACAAAAUGUCUGCCCACGAGGCAGCUAUUAAGGAGUCCGAGUCAAAAAUAAAAACACUGUGGAAGAACCGGCUCGUAAUGUUUCAGAAACUCGGCUCAAAAUAUUAUUAUUUCGAGAGGACUGAAAAACUAAACUGGACAGAUGCUCGGGAUAGAUGUCAAGAGCUGGGCAGCCACCUGGCUAGCCUGCAAGAUCAGCAGGAGUUCGAUAUAGUGACAAAAGAUUUAUACGACGUUUUCUACUACUGGGUGGAUGUCAAUGAUAUUGAAACAGAAGGUGUGUAUAUGUCUAGUACUACUGGGAAGAAGGCAAAUUUCUUGAAAUGGAGACAAACCCCAGAUGACUGGAACGACAAGGAAGAUUGCGUAGAGCUGGCCUAUGAGAGUAAGGCAAAUGCAAUGGGCAUGAACGAUAUACAUUGUUCAGAAAAACACAUGUACAUAUGUGAAAAGUAGUCGGAUGGGAGAGGGAGGUGGUAAAAUUGCUUUACCUUAGCUCUAAGUGUACCAAAUGUUUUCACUUUUCACUU